AUGUCCACGCGAAGCGACAGCCAUAAAGCUCCAAAUGGCGACGCAUUGCAUGUACGCGUAUCGGACGACGGACCCAUCGAGUUCGCAGCUGGUGGUAGGACAGAACGAUGGCGGAGAGAGUGGAAGCGGCGACCGGUUAUCUCGUCUGCUCGAGCUGUCGAGGGCAGACAACGUGGUGGUCGUGGUCUCACGGUGGUAUGGAGCGCGUUGGCUCUCCCUGUCACGGUCUCUGAUACAGUCUUUGAUUUUACGCUUCCCCUUGGCUUGCCGAUUAACACGGAUCUUACCUUGCGCGUUGUGAAAGAAGGUCCACGGGUCUACAUUGAUAAGUCUGGGAGACCAGAAUUCACGAACUCGGGGAAUGUGUAUCGGCAAGUCGCGGUUGGUGCAUUGCGUGUUAAGAGACCAGUGUCCUUGCCAGAUGAUCAUUUUGGUCCUGAUUUCUGCGUCCUGGCCGAUUGCUUCCAAUGUGUCGAGCAAGGAUGGGAGAAACUUGGACAAGGUUGUCUCUAA